AAAAACAUCCGGUAUAUAGAAAUAGAACUGGUGUAGUCGGAGAGAGCCGACGUUCCAACAGGGGAAGAGAGAAAGAAACGAAUACAGAUUGCAGAUUUUAAUGGCUUCCACCGCUGCCGUGCCGUUUUGGAGAUCUGCAGGGAUGACCUACAUAUCAUACUCCAACAUCUGUGCCAGCCUAGUCAGGAACUGUCUCAAAGAACCCUACAAGGCCGAAGCUAUCGGUCGGGAGAAGGUCCAUUUUUCCGUUUCCAAGUGGGCUGACGGAAAGCCUGAGAAACCUACCAUUCGCAGCAGCAAUCCUUCUGAAGUAUGAGGCAGGAAGAUGUCUGCAUUUUCAAAAUUUUCAUAUUUACUAAGCUGAUUAUGGAUCUGAUAUCAUUGGUUUUUUAAAACACUGCACUUUGCUAGCAUAAGAUUGUUAGCUACAAUAAAAUUCCUACUGUUUUGUUGUA